AGUAAAAACAAAACAAAUAUAACAUUUCUGAUUAAGUUGAGAAGUAAAAAGUUACCAGAAUUCGGACCUCAAACAGCGGUGACGUUAUUAUUGCUGUCGUUCACAGGUAAAUAUUAGCUCAACAACAGUACACAAGUUCAAGGAGAGUGGUUACUAAGUCUUGAAAGUUGAAUUUGAACACGUCAAGCUGUAGGGUGGGAAACAUUCAAUAGUUGGGAGGUAUGGAGUUCGAGGGUAAGUGAACUCCAGCUUGGGCUAAUCUAUCGAUGCAAGUCUGGAAAAUGUGAAGAUACCAAGUUUUUUCUUUGUUUAUUUUUCUAUCACAGUUAAAACUGUUGUUAGGCUUAGCUAACAUCGUUUGCUGCGUAAACAUAUACAUAUAUUUACUGACCAAACUCUGUGAUUUGAUUAUUUUGAUGCAACAGAAGAUUUGUGGGUUACUUUAACCGAUUCUUUAACACAGAAGCUCUCCACAUAGAAUGAUUUUGAUACAUACAGCACGUCUGUUGUAGGACUUGACUGAGUGAUAAUUUUUGUAAUAAUUCGCACUUCAGGUUUUUGAAACACCAGAGAAUGCCCAAGGCCUAUGAGGAGAUUAAACUAAUAAUAGGUGUUCCAGAAAAAUUAAAUACAAAACCAGAACAUUUUGUGUCUAAGUGGAUAGGGGUUUAAAUAGAGAGAUAGGUGCCUUUGUAGAAAUGAAAUAAACGGGAUUAAAAGUUCUUUGUUAGAUUUUUUUUUCUGAAAAGAAACGAUCUUAUAGUGGUAAAAAAUGUAUGGUUUUUCCAAGGGUCUUGUAUUCAUUGACGUUUAUAAUGAUAUCGAUGCUAGACGAAAAGAACUAUGCGAGACCAAAAAACCCCGACUCACCGAAAAUAGAGGUUAUCAUGUAAGGACUGCUGCUAUGGAGGGUUUACAAGAGGGUUUUAUUAGUUGUACGUAUAGAAAUAAUCUUGGUCAGCUCCCUAGCGUCCUAGAUAGGGAUGAGUUCGUCUCCAUCCAUACAGUAGAAGAUCGACUUCCCCCUGUUCCUGAAGGGGAGGAGGAUGAAGAGGAAGGACCAGCGAUGACGUCCACAAUCACUAAUCACAAAAAACAACUGGUUUCUCCGAAAGAAAGCUUUAUGACUAUGUUAGAGCUCAAUCAUAACGAUAAUAGUGAGAACAAUUCUAUUGAAGAAAAACUGGUAGAGGAGGUUAUUAUUUAUCGUCUUCCUGGAGAAAGGUUGGGCAUGGCUCUCAAGUUCGAAGGAGGUGUUGACGUCAAGGAUAACGUGUCUCAAAUUUUCAUUCAAUCAAUAAAUGCAGACAGCCCAGCUGCACGAGCGCGCUGCCUUAUUAAACCUCUACAAGAAGGAGAUGAAAUAUUGAAAAUCGAUGGGCACAAUGUCUGCGAAAUCACACGUUUAGAUUGUGUAUCGUUAUUAAGAGAUGCUUCUUUGUGUAUUAAAAUGUUGAUAAGACACGAAAACAUAAAUGGUAAUAAUCAUCUUACUAGUGGUCAUACUCAAUCGUUAGAAACAUUAACAGACGUAGUUAAUAAUGACGAUAAACCCCCGUUACCCAGCAAAAAAAUGGUAUUGACUCCUCCUCUUCCUCCUCGAAAAUCCUCUAAUUUGAUUAAAAACGCCACCUGUAGGCAGCAAGAAGAACCAGAGCAAAGUGUUAUUGAUAGAAUUGCUAUUAUAGAACAAAACAAUAAGUUACCUGAUUUCCCCAUUAAAAGGCCAUCCAAACCUCCUCCACUUCCUCCUCGCAUACCUAAGCCACUUCGUACUUCCAAUACGAUAGAUAGCCUGCCAGAAAAACAACUUCCAAGGGAUGAAAAACUAAGUAUGAAAUUGCCACAUUGGGAAGUCCUGAUGCAGCGUCGCGUUGCACGUCUGGAGGACACUUUACACCAAGACGAAAGUGAGGCAACUGUCUACAUCGACACCUUUGUUAAAAAGGACACUCAGACCACAGAAUCGGAACCUAGUGACACUGGAAGUUCGGUGUCGAGGAUGAUCGAGAGAUCUUGCACAGAUAAUUCUAACUUGAACAGCCAGACUACGUUGGCUCAAUCUUUCGAUUUGAAACAAGUUCUAAGUCCUUUUGAACAACUGGAGAGGGAAUUUAAUGAUUCCGAGGAGAAACUUUCAGAUACAAUUUCUCAUUCUGGUAUUUCUGAUGACCUUAAUAUGGUAUUCAGUACCCAAACUAUAGACUCAACAGUGUUUGCCAUUGAACCUCCAGAGUCCUUUCAAGACUAUAGUCCUGAAGCAACAGUUGAAAAUUGUUCAUUUCCAGCUGUACAUGCAGAUGAUAAAGAAGGCAACAAGUUCGAUUCACCUUUUUAUAUUAUGAAGGAUACAUUUUUCUGUGUUGAACCAGGAGUUGCACAAGAAGAAGAUUAUCAGGGUGAUGUUACUGCCAAUGUGGCCUUAUCCCACAUUGAAAUGAAAAAAAUGAAUGAAACAACAGGAGAACGAUCCAACCUACAAAUUCACCGUAUACAAGAACAUGAGAAUGGCACAAAUCUCCAGGAAGUGAAUAUUUAUAAUCAAUUCAUAAGCGCAAGAACUCCAACAGAAGAGAAAGUUAUUCUGGAAGAGAGUGUCAAAAAUAGUAACACAGAACAACGUAUAGUAUCCGAACAAACUAUCAUUAUUCAAGAUUCAAAGAAACUAGCUACUUUACCGCAGUACCCUGAAAGUAGUUCUCACCAGCAAGAAACGCAACACUCUCCAGUUGUAAACGAAUCGCUUUCUUUUGCUUCACAACCAAUUAAAAACGUUUCAGAAAAUUGGAAUGAAGAUGCCAGUAGUACAAAUACAAUCAAUUUUAAUUAUUGUUCAGCUGAUGGGGAUAGAAAUUCUUUGAGUUGCGUAGCACCUGCGAAAACUGUGAAAUUGAAUGAAAACAACAUUACAUUUUUGAGUGCAGAAGAGUACUCGAAAUUCGAAGUAAACAGGCCUAACAGAACUGAUUCAAAGACCGUAGAGAGAAUAAAAGCUACUGAAGUUACCAUCAGUGAUGAUAACAGAGGAUCUUUGGUACAACAACAACAACACCAAAAUGGAGCAGAUGACAACAUAAUAAGGUGUAAAAGUGAAGCAGAAACAAAAGAAAAUCGGUUAGUUAAUGAACCAGUCGUCUGCUUCGAACCCAAGAUUUCGGCUACACAUAGCUCACCAAAGGAUCAAAUGUGUGGCAUAAAUUGGUACAAGAAAAAACAUGAACAUUUCUUAAGCUUCGAAAAUAAAGACAAAUCCCUAAAGAGAGACGAAGAAUGUCCGCUCCCUAACAGAAAGGUUGUGCUUGCUACUGGGAAUCGAAAACAUGUUUCUGAAUGUUUGACAUUUGCAGCAGCCAACGAGCCAUUAGCAAGCAAUAAUCAGGUGGAAUUAACUAACCACUUCUCGGAAAGCUCAUCCAUAGACCAAAACUCGUUCACAUUGACGAGCCAGCAGGACGACAGACUGUUGUUGACAUUUGCUUUCCAUUCUGAGAAAGAAGAGAACAGGUCUGGCCAAGAGCUAUCACUUGACAGCAGAGUAAAAACAAAAGAGAAUCACGAAAUAAAGGGUCAUCUUAUACAUAAUGACAAGCAAGAGAAUGAGAGUACCACUGGCUGUCGUCCUGAUUUCAGAAACCUUGAUGUUUGCCAAGAUGUUGAGGAUUUAUCAGAGAACAAACCCCCCAUCGAUUCGGGUCAAACGCUAGACUGUACAAAUACCACCACGCACGAGAUCGUUGAACUGUCACACGAGUUGCCCGACUUUGCGAACUCUGAACUUUUAGAAACUGGGACUGACAUAAAGGAAACGUCCUUUGUUGAAAACGUUACAGCACAAGACAGUGGGAAUUCAUCUUUAUCAACGGACUCAACAGGAGUCGCUGUGCAGUCUGCAGAUAUUCUGGAUCAAACACCCACCGACGAGGAUCCUGCUGAAAGAGCAGUAGAUGAUAACGUCAACGACUAUGUUGAAAUGGAACUGGUUACGAGCAGAAAUAACCAAAGUAUAAAUGGGUCACCUUCUUUACUUCUAGAGCUAUCACGACAACCCCCUGAUGGGCAUGAGUUUCCUUCUAAAUGCAGUGAACCACGUCAUUCACUAAAUAGAAGGUCUUCAAGCUUUGAUGAGGAUUCAGGAGUGUUUGUUAACGAACAGUCAUCACAAGGGUCUGACCGUGCAUCCCAUAGCGACCUUUUCCACUCUACAAAUAGUGGUCAGAAAACCAAAAGGCCUCCAACCCUACAACUUGCAUCUAAGCAGGACUUGGAGAAAACCAUAGAUAACACUAAUAUGAAACAGAAGGAUCUUUCAUACAAGAUUAAAAAUUGUAAUAACACUAAGAUUUUACCGUUACCUCCAUCUAAACUAUUAUAUAGUCCCAGACUGGCCUCAAGUACUGAGACGAACAAGCCAUGGUUUUUCCCAUCAGAAGACAGUUUAUGUUUUAAGACUUCAGAGAAGUCACCAGAGUUUUCAUGUGACAAAAGUAAAGAAUACUUAAAUUUUAGAAGCAAAGAAACACCUCAAAACAGUAAGAACGAUUCACACGAGAGAAGAAAUUUUACUGAACAGGCAACAUGUAAGAGUAAAAACACAGAAGAUGAACAGAAAAAAGACAAAAAUCUGAUCUUCAGUAGUAGGUCCUGUCAUGGACGAUUUAAAGAAAAGCCAGUUAGUGUUAAAGAUCGUAUUGCUAUGUUUUCUGGUAGUGAGCUAGACGUGAACGAGGUUUCAUCAGAUACCACAAAGAAAACAGUUCUGUGUUUUGAAGAUAAAGAACUUAUCGCUUCUCCACAUGAAUAUAGGCACCUUUCUGGUACUCCAGCCGCAUGCUCUAGUGUUAAAAAUCAAGAAUCAAGUGGUAAAGUUCAUGGUGUUAAUAACAUUUGUGUAAGUUCAGAAAACGACAGUUUGAAGAAGAACCAUAUUUUUGAUAAAGAAUCUUUCCCCAAAUCUCAAAGUUUAGAAUCGAAUUUUUACAGCAAUAGGCCAACAUUUCAAACACACAACUAUAAUAAAAACAUUACAAGCAAUAUCAAACCAAGCGGAAACAAAUAUCCCAAUGGACAAGAUCUUACAUCCUCUAGUUACAGACACAAUUUUGGAGCAAGGAGUUUGAUCUAUAACAGGUUCGGUAUUUCAAGUUCUCGAAGCCACGAAGACUUGUCGAAUCGAUCAAACAAUUGGAAUCUAUUUUCAUUACAACAAAAAUCCUCUAAAUCUAAUUCUACAAAGUUCAAGGGGUUAGUCAUUCCAGAGAAACCUCUCAGCGCAUUACCAGCAGUAAAAUCAUUGCCCACAAUAGCUAGUAAAACUACUUGUGCAACUUCAAAACUCGAACCUGUUAAGUCAUUAACCUGCCAUCAAUGGAAGGAACAAAAUUUUUCUCAACCAGAAAAAACAAAAUCGUUACCAAGAAAAUUGGGCUUGCAGUCUUCACUAAUAUCAAAAGACACUGUAGACAGGACAAACAAACAGCCAUUGUUGUCAGAUCCACCAUGGAAAAAUGCCAACCCUAAUGUGCCAAAGUAUUCUCCAGCUUUUCAAAGAAGAUCUCUUCAGCUACCGCGAACAAAUGUCACAUCUUCUGUUUCACCAACUCCUCCUUCUUCAUUGACUUCUCCUAUGUCUCCUCCACCGUCUUCUCCUUCCAGCAUAAGCAGCUCAAACACGUCAUCUUCAUUUGGCAUCACUUCUCCGCCAACUGUCAAAAAACAGAGUGUAUUCCAGUUUUCACUAUCACACAGCAAACCUGUUACCCCGCUUCUUCCAGAAAAACCUGUCGUGCCAUCAGCGUUCACGUCAUCAGACAGUGAAGAAAAAGACUGCGAACAGUCGACAGUACUUAGUCCACCUCUAUAUGAAGAAGAGACAACUAACAGCUUUUCAUCUUCAAAACUGCUGAAGACUUCUUUUUCGACAAAUUCAUUAUCAGAUAUCGAAUUGCUUGACAGUAAAAACAGCUUUACAUGUUCAACAGAACAACCUAUUCAUAAAAAUAACCACAGUUCUUCUUGGCAAAAAGAUUAUAAACAAAGCAGUUUAAGGGCCAUAAAAAGUUGCGAGUCAAAUAGCUCGCAAGAAUCAACACACGAUGAAAGGUUUAAAAAUAAACCAGAAACCUUUGGCACUGCUGAUAUUCCAUAUCGUAGAACAAACUCUUCAAUCAACUUCACAGAGUACAGUAAAGAACUAAACUCAGACAUACAUGGAAAGUUUUUGGCUAAACCAGUCUGUAUUGAUUUUGAAGAGUCGGAAACAUUGAAGCUAGAGCAACUUCCUGAAUGGAAAAAACACGAAAGGCCAUUAUUACAUAAAUAUGACAAUGUUUCUUCAUUUCCACCAACUGUUUCUUAUAGACAGCCAUUUGACAGAGCUGAAAAUAACAGCCACAGUGUGUUGCUAGACAGUCAAUAUCCUUCUGAGAAAAUUGAAAGUGACGAUAACUAUUUCUCGAUGGUUAGCCAAAGAACAGAAGAUUCAAGACAAGCUGCCAGUGAUUUAAUAUCUGAAUCAAAUUCUGACUCUCCUGACCACCCUGCAACAUCAAACUUUAAGGCACGUCAAUUUAGUCAACAAAAAACAGUGUUGCACAUGUCUAAAGAAGCACCCUCUGAGGGAGCUAAAAACUUUAGAGCAUUAGCUGAACAAUGGGAGCGAAAAUCAUUUGACGGCAGCCAAGAGCUUUCUUCACCUCCUGCUCUUCCUUUAUCAAGCCCCCCAACAUCAAAAUGCAACUCAUUGACUAACCUGUCCCAGAGUGGUAGUGUGAAACUUCCCCCAUCCCUCAUGCCAAAAGGGAAUGAUGUAGCACAUCAUUCAAGAAGAAAUGGUGUAUCAAACCAAUCUUUGGCCAACAAUGUUACAUCAGGUGUAAAAAUGAGGGACAAACAACAGUCAGUUCCGAGGCCCACGUCCUUAAUUGAAGAAAUGGGAAAGAAAAAUAUUAAUAAUGUGUGGAAUAAAGGUUUUGUAACCAACAGCAGUUUUCCCUCUAAAGAAAAACCUGGAGAGAUUUCCCAAAUUGUUGGCAAGCCACUUGCCUCUAGAGAAGCCUUUAGUAGAAGUCGAGAAUCCUUGGAUCAGUUGGGUACUAGAAGCAGACCAUAUCUCUCGUCUUCUGCAAGAUCCAUGAGUGUUAGCGAUAUUCGUAAGAGUUUUGAAAACAACACAUCUAACCCAGAUGCCUUCUUGUUAUCCAAUUUUAAGCCUCGCAUCUUCAAAUCUUCUGACAUACAGUCUAACUAUGAUGUUCAUUCUGAAAGUCGUCAAAUAUCUGACGACUGCUCCAAUUUGACUCUCCAGUCAGAAAAAUGUCCACCUUUUGAAGGUUUCAACUCAACCUUAGGAUCCGAUAUUUGCCAACUAUCUGGAGAUUGUUCUAGCUCAAGUAUCCAUUUUGCAAGUCAAAGACCAUCUAAUAACCUUUCCAACACACCAGUUUUAUCUAACCACACUCAAGUCUCUGACCAUACCAAUUCAACUGUUAAAUCCAAUACUAAUGGGAUUAAUGAUGACCAAUUCAGCAGCUUUAAAUACGUUAACCAUCAAGCAAUAGUUGACCAAACCCAUUCUGACUUUCAAUCUGGUAUUCAUUGCUCAUCUAAUGAUAUAAAUUCUAAGCAUGACACCAAAAUUGAUAGCUGUAGUACUAGAGUACAAACUUCUACUAAAAAUCAUCCCAUUAGUUGUGCUGAUGAAGAUAAGUCUUCUGUAGAAGUUAAACGUUUGAAUAAAAAGACAUCGGACUAUAAUAACUUAUUUUCCGCUCCUACAACUGAUCCUAAACGAACUUUUAUAAAUGAAAAUACUUCAAAAUACAAUCGUCGUAAUUCUAACAACCAGAAUUCAAUUCCUGCCUCUGAUCAAAACAGUGAAAAUCCUUUAGCAUUGGGAUUUGAAUACAAACAUUCCUCUUCUGUUGAUUCAUCUGCUAGUGAGUCAAGAGAAAACUCUCCUAUGCAGUACCAAUCUAAGACAUCGUCAGAGCUUUGUGGUUUAAAACCGUCACUAUCCUCUUUAACUGGCACCAUCUCUCCUCAAGAACGUCAGCAACUACUUGAAGAGGCCAACCAAAUCCUCCAAGAAGAAGGUAUAGACAGUAAACAAGAUAUAAGUGUGGUGGUAAUCCAAAGAGAACUCCAGGCUGGCAGUAUUGGAAUAUCUCUUGCUGGAGGAGCUGACUAUGAAGUCAAGGAAAUUACGGUUCAUAAAAUUGUAGCAGGCAGUUUAGCAGAUAGAAACAGGCAGGUUAGGAAGGGCGACCGUAUUCUUUCUCUAAAUGGACUUAAUGUGAAGGGGUUGACACACAGAGAAGUAUUAGACAUUCUAAAAGCACCACGGAAUGAGGUGGUUUUAGUCUUGGCAAGUGAACGUUCCACACCGUCGAACUUUUCACACCAAGAGAAGGCGAAUGUAGCUCCUGAAUUAACAAAUGGAUACCAUGCCACCACAGGAGCGAGUGAAAAAGAAAUAAUCAAAAUAGAAUCGCCCAUUGCUGUACCGACAGAAGAAAAGAUCAUCACGGUGGAAUUAGAAAAGGAUAAAACUGGAAUAGGCUUUAGCUUAGAAGGAGGAAAAGACUCUCCCUUAGGAAAUCGUCCAUUAACCAUAAAAAAGAUAUUCAAAGGUGGAAGUGCUGAUAAAGUAGGUCAACUGAGAGCUGGAGACCAGAUUCUCACGUUAAACAACCAACCGGUAUCUAACAUGACUAGAACAGAGGCAUGGAGCUUCAUGAAGAAGUUGCCUGAUGGAACAGUCGCUGUAACUGUAAAACAGUGUAGUUAAAAACAUGUAUUAUAAUUGUGUCGAGAAGGUUCAGAUAAAGCUUCUAUAAAACUACGCAGAAUUCCAAACAAAAUGUAAAUCUAAUAUCUUUUGUAUCCAUGAUAAGUUUGUUUUUGCUUCUUUUUUUUGCUGUAAAAUACCUUCAAUUAAACGAGGAAUUUAGUUCUGAGAAAUAAUAACGUUAAUAAAUCAUAUGAAUUGUACUAGAAGUGAGGAAAACUUUGUUUCAUUUAUCUGUUUUAUUCUAUUAUUUCCCUUUUAUUCCCCUAGGUGGCUUAGCGGGUUUAUAAUGCUAAAAAUGAGUUUUAAAUACCCGCAUCGGGUAGUGCAUAGAUAGCCCAUUGUGUAGCUUUCUGUUUAACAACAAAGAAAACUUUAUUUCAAUAAAAAAUAGUUAUAAAGUUAUUCAAUAUUUUCAAUGAUAUUAAAUAUAUUUCCGAAUACAACCAGGAGAGGGGGAUAAUUAUUCGCAAAGUGCUCAAAAUUUUGAUUUCUGAACUUUGUGUCUUUAUGAGCUUGAGUUAUUAUCGUGUAAAAUUGUUAGAUUUAUUAGGUUUUGUAUUGAAGAUCAAAUCCGUUGUUUUUGAGUAAGUAGGGUUAACAAAUGUGUAUAUUGUUGUUUCUCUGACAAUUUUUCUUAACGAGUUUGUAAUACUGAAAGUUUUAGACUUAAUAAGUGUCUGGGUCUAUGAUGGUAUUGUCGUAAAUUAAUUAAAUUAUCGUGUAAAUACAAAAAACUUGAAUCUUUGACAAAUACAAAAUCCCCCAAACAAUCAUACAAUAGUUGGUGUUUUAUUGUGACAUUACCAACAGUUGCCUGUUUAAGCAAUUGACAUCUCAUAAAAUUCAAACGUUUUCUUUUUAUUCCAAGCUGUUCGUGACCUAUUGGUUUGCGUACCGAACCGUGAAUCCGAGGGUUCGUGCUUCCUGUCCUGUUACCGCAAAUACGCGCCCCGCACUUUGGGGUCGUGUGUGCAUUGUAAUAGUGACGGUCAAAUCCAUCUACGAGAUUAGAAUAGCUCAAAAGUUGGCGAUAGGUGCUGUUGACUAGCUGCCUUCUCUCUAGUCCAGUAGUUCUCGACAUUUUUUGAUUUAUGACCAGUCGCGACCCAGUAAGUAGCUUUAGUGCAAAAAACAUCUGGCUUACUAUUAGCUAUUUUCAGAGUCUGUUUACAACACUUUUACACAUUCUGACAAAUCUAUUUCUAUAGGUUGAGAACACUGUUCAAGUUUACCAUGGCUAGCAUAUAACACUUUCACACAUUCUGACAAAUCUAUUUCUCUAGGCUGAGAAACACUGUUCUAGUUUACCAUGGCUAACAUAUAACAUUUUCACACAUUCUGACAAAUCUAUUUCUAUGGGUUGAGAAACAC